AUGGCGGCUGAAGAGGCGGAUGUGGAUAUCGAAGGGGACGUGGUGCCAGCUGCGGCACAGCCAGGAAGUGAUGAAAGUACAGCAUCUGUUUUACAAGAUCACUAUCUUGAUUCAUCAUGGAGAACUGAGAAUGGUCUUAUUCCUUGGACUCUGGAUAGCACCAUCAGUGAAGAGAACAGAGCUGUCAUUGAGAAGAUGUUGUUGGAAGAAGAGUAUUACUUAUCUAAAAAAUCACUUCCAGAAAAAUUCUGGCUCGAUCAAAAGGAAGAUGAUAAAAAAUACAUGAAGAGUCUACAGAAAACAGCAAAAAUCAUGGCACACUCUCCUACAAAACCAGCCAGUUACUCAGUAAAGUGGACGAUAGAAGAAAAAGAGCUGUUUGAACAAGGGCUGGCUAAAUUUGGCCGAAGGUGGACCAAAAUUGCAAAGCUAAUUGGAAGUCGCACUGUGUUACAAGUUAAGAGUUAUGCCAGGCAGUAUUUUAAAAAUAAGGUAAAAUUAGAUGGUCCAGAGAAGGAAAUGCCAAAUCAGAAGAGCAGCAGUGAUCUUCAGACUAAAAAUGAAGAUGAAGGCACGAAGGCAUGGACGCCAUCAAGUUUAAGGGGACAUGCUGAUCCCAACUUGAAUGCUAUAAAAAUUGAAAAGUUAUCUGAUGAUGAAGAAGUAGACAUCACAGAUGAGGCAGAUGAGUUGACUUCUCAAGCUCCCCAAAAGAAUCCUAGCAAUGAUGUCUUAUUAAACAUUUCUAAUAGUAAAAGUCAUGAAACCAGUCAAGGGGAGUUUAUUGCUUACAAUCAGGAAGAUUCUGUAUCUGAAUCUUCCAAGGAAUAUUUUCAGAAUAUAAAGCAAGGUGAGAUGGAAGCACUUUCAAGUUCAGGAAGUAAAUUUUGGACUGAAAAACAGAGCAUUAGUGACAAAAAAUCAGUUGAAUUAAAUGAUCAGAAAUGUAAUAAACUGAUGAAAAACUCUGAAAAACAUGAUGGAAAUGGAAUAAUAGAUGAUGCGGGGCCAUUGCCUUCUCCAGAGCCUUGUGAAAUUCAGAAAGACUUGUGUGAUAAUGAAAUGCUUUUUCAUUCUUCCUGUCAAAUGGAGGAGGAGAGCCAUGAGGAAGAAGAGCUUAAGCCACCAGAACAAGAAGUAGAAAUAGAUAGAGAUACCAUUCAAGAAGAAGAAAAACAAGCAAUUCCUGAGUUUUUUGAGGGGCGCCAAGCUAAAACACCAGAACGCUAUUUGAAAAUUAGGAAUUACAUUUUGGAUCAGUGGGAGAUAUGCAAACCGAAAUACUUAAAUAAGACCUCAGUACGUCCUGGCCUGAAGAACUGUGGGGAUGUUAAUUGUAUUGGACGGAUUCAUACAUACCUCGAGUUGAUAGGAGCAAUCAAUUUUGGAUGUGAACAGGCUGUAUACAACAGGCCACAACCGGUUGACAAAGUACGAGUCAGAGACCGAAAAGAUACAGUGGAAGCAUACCAGCUUGCACAGCGUCUGCAGUCUGUGCGCACAAGGAGACGUAGGGUCCGAGACCCAUGGGGAAAUUGGUGUGAUGCAAAAGACUUAGAAGGACAAACUUUUGAGCAUCUCUCUGCUGAGGAAUUGGCAAGAAGAAAAGAGGAAAAAUGUAAACCUGUUAAAUCCUCAAAAGUACCAAGACCAACAAAAAGCUCAUUUGAUCCCUUCCAACUGAUACCUUGUAAUUUUUUCAGUGAAGAAAAGCAGGAGCCAUUUCAGGUGAAAGUGGCUUCAGAAGCACUUUUAAUAAUGGAUUUGCAUGCUCAUGUUUCUAUGGCAGAAGUGAUUGGUCUGUUAGGAGGAAGAUACUCAGAAGUUGAUAAAAUAGUUGAAGUCUGUGCAGCAGAGCCAUGUAACAGUCUGAGUACAGGACUACAGUGUGAGAUGGAUCCUGUCUCGCAAACACAGGCCUCAGAGACCUUGGCUGUGAGAGGCUAUAGUGUUAUUGGAUGGUAUCAUUCCCAUCCUGCCUUUGAUCCAAAUCCUUCCUUACGAGAUAUUGACACUCAAGCCAAAUACCAGAGUUACUUCUCCAGAGGCGGUGCAAAAUUCAUUGGAAUGAUCAUUAGUCCUUAUAAUCAAAACAAUCCUUUACCUUAUUCCCAGAUUACCUGCCUGGUUAUAAGUGACGAAAUUAGCUCAGAUGGCUCUUACCGGUUACCUUACAAAUUUGAAGUACAGCAGAUGCUGGAAGAACCUCAGUGGGGAUUAGUGUUUGAAAAGACAAGAUGGAUAAUAGAAAAAUAUCGGCUCUCCCAUAGCAGUGUCCCUAUGGAUAAAAUCUUUCGCCGGGAUUCUGACCUUACUUGUUUGCAGAAACUUUUGGAGUGUCUGAGGAAAACUCUGAGCAAAGUGACUAAUUGCUUCAUUGCUGAAGAAUUCUUAACUCAAAUAGAAAAUUUAUUCCUUUCCAAUUAUAAAAGCAAGCAAGAGAAUGGAGGGACUGAAGAGAACUGUGCUGUAGUCCAAAGGAAUUGUUAAUGUAAUUAUUUUAAAGGAAGACCUUCUGAUUUUGACAUCCUUCUUUGCAAGUAAUAACCUUGAAAGUAUUGUAACUCAGCUAAUGGUGGCACAACUUUAAUAUUUUCUCUCUAGUCAUCAAAAUCCAAACUUUCCCACAUAAAUCCCGUGACACUUGUUUUCACACAGCGGUUAUCAGAGUGCGGUGUGAAGCAGGGUGUGCCGCAGUCUGCAGUGCCACCAUGGCCAGCAGGCGCUACAGGGGACUCUGAAGGGCUGUCUGCUUUACUGCUGUAUUCAGGUUGAUAAAUGCAAUGUGUCUCUAGUAUUUAUUUCUCCCCAAACUAGUCAUUCCACUUUUGGUACCUCGUGUCUGUGUCUCAUUAGGAGCACCUCCAUUUUUGCCAUGUCUUCUGGUGAGAUUUUGUCUCUGGUUGCAAAUGAAAUGUGGAUGGAUGGUCACUGAGGUAAUGAACUUGGAUGAGAACUAGUGGCGCAGGAAAUCUAACAAUGCACUGCAGGAGGCCAGGGGAGGCCUACGGCCAAAGUCUAACAGAGAAGAGACCAACGGAGAGAAUCAGAUUGCCGGUUUUUCAGUUAUAGAUCUUUGUUUCCAUUUUACUUUAUAGCAAUAAUACUAGAGGCUGUGCCAUUGUCUCAGCUAGCUGAAACAUUUAAUAUGGAUUUCAGAUACAUAAAAUAAUUAGCUUCAACUCUAUGUCCACUUGGUAUGUGUGAUAAAACCUCAUUUAAUCCAAACACAGAUAAUCAUAAUUCUCAAACUAGAUUUUCUACUACCUACUAUCAGGAGAAAGAGGCAGAUUUUAAUAAUGCUUAAAUAUUAAAUCGGAGACUUAAUUUUAAAAAGAAGAAAACCUUCUAGGACAUACUACAUAUCUAGUCCGGUUUCAUAUAUUUUCUAAAUCUAGAACAGAUGUCAGCAAAACUUUUUAUGUAAAGGGACAGUUAGACAAAAACUUAGGCUUUGCAGGUCACAUACUGUCUCUAUCAGACAUUCUUUUUUAUUUUUUUUUUACAGUCCCUAAAAAAUGUAAAGCCAUUCUUAUUACUUCAUGAGCCUCACAAAGAAUGGGUUGCUGGCCUUUAUCUUCCAGUCCCCGCUCUAGAGAAUUAUAAACAUUUGUAAUUUAUUUUCAGGUAUGUGAACUUGAGACACUGAAAGGCCUUAUUUACGUCAUCUUCAAACAACAACAAAACUUAGAAUUAUGAUUUACAUUUAAAUAUAUUUUCAAGUAAAAUUAGCAGUCGUGCUGCCUCAUUUGCACAGAUAGAUUUGAGUUUAUUUCUGUGAGCCAUAGAACGGUUUAUACCCAACCUCCAAGCACUCUUACUAGUAAACAGUUUACACCUUAUCUGGAUAUGGUUCUGUGUUUUUACCUUUUUUGGUUGUAAUCAUUAGCCAUGGAAGAAUAUGGCAGUGUUUGAGAGAGCAGUGAACCAGUUCUAGAUGGCCUGCCUAUGUCUUGACUCAACCCUGUGACUUCAUGGUGGUGGAGUGGGGGGCAUAGGGAAUAUAAGCUGACUCCUAUCUAAAUUCUUGUGCACCUGAGGGCUAAGUUAUCUUCCUGACAACCUUCCAGGUCUAAAAUGCAUUUCUCUAUAUGUAGGUAGGAUAAACAAUGAAACAUAACUUAUAACACAGUUACCUUUACGACUGGGGGAGGUAAGAGCUGCAGACCAAACAUUGGGAAACCGGAGUCUUCAUCCUAAUUCUAUUACCAACUUCCCUCUGUGGCAGAGAUAAUGUCAUAUAAUCUGUAUGGGCCCCAGGCUCUUCACCUAUAUAAUCCAUGGGUCUAAAUUUUAUGGCUUUGUUUCUCCUUCCAAAUACAGAAAGUCUGCAAUUCUGUGAAAGGUAGUAAUUGAUUCCUUGGUACUCUUCCUUUUGACACGUUUUUCUCAUUGUAUGUGUGGCACACAUCCUAGAAGUUGGUAUGAAAUAGCUCUCUUGAUUGACAUUUCCCUGCAAUUUUGAUUAAUUUCAGUGAUGGAAAAUAAUGGAAAUUGCUAAAAAUUCUGUUUUCCAAUCUGGGUCCCCUGCAUGCCAGUAGUUAAGAUAUUUACUAACCUAAGCCAUACCGUGAGGAACUCAAAGAUGGUAAUCCUCAGAGGUUACAGUUUGGAGAGCACAAUUUUAUAAGCAAUACUGAGUAUUUUUUUUUCUGAUGCUAGAGUAUGUUUAUCUCAAAAUAUUUUUUUAAAAAACAGAAACAUAAAAAUAUAAAUCCUAUUAUCUGGAAAACCACAGGUAAUAUUUUAGUAUAAAUUCUUCCCCCUUUUUUCCCUUGGGCUAUGUCAU